AUGCAGAAGUGCCACCAGGAAGCGCUGAAGAAGAACCGGGUGGUGCUCGCAAAACAGAUGGUGUUAAAAGAACUGAUGGAGCAUAUGAUAGAGAAAGACAUUAUCACCACGGAGAUGAUGGAAAUGAUACAGGCCAAGUCUGGGAGCUUCAGCCAAAAUGUGGAAUUCCUCAAUUUGCUGCCCAAGAGAGGCCCUAAUGCCUUCUCAGCCUUCUGCGAAUCUCUAAGAGAUACCAAACAGCAGCAUCUGGAGGCAAUGAUCUUGAAGACAACAUCCAACCUGAACCAUGGAAUUGCAAGG